CGUCUCAAUUUCGCGCGUAUUUUUGGCGUCUGCGUGUCUGUAUUACCAAAAUAUUAUUUCGAAGCUGGAGCAGCAGCAUGUCUAAGAAGUUGAAUACGAGUGUGGGCGGGACGCCCACAAACACUUUGUUUAACUAUUUCUCGAAGUCACCAGCCGUCGACAAAAAAAGACUUGUUCCCAGCGUGAAAGCGGAGCCCACGCACACUGACAGGACGGGCUCUGAGAAGGAGAAUCAAAACAAUGGCAAGAACCUGGAAGUGCAGGAGACCAAGCCUUCGGCAAAGAGGAAGCUGCCAGUUUCAGUUUCGUCGGAUGAGGAGGAGCUGGGUGAUCGGCGCAAAAAAAAGCGAAUCAUUAAACCCGAGUCGGAGAGCGAAGAUGAGAUGGAGGAGACCAAAUCCGAAGAUGACUUUUCCGGCGAUGAGUCUGACUAUGAACCGGACGGAAAGGAGGAUGCUGCCAGUGAAGAAAGCGAGAGUGGCGACGAUGAGGUCGAUGUGGCUACAGAUAAUGAAGAAUCGGAAGACGAUCCUACGCCCAGAAAAAGCCGCAAGAAGGACAAAAACCAUAAUAAUAACAACAAUGAGCCUCUGGGCCAAAAGGUUAAACUGGCUGAAGGCUCCACAUUCCAGGAGAAGCUAAAAAACAUUCAGAGCAAUGUGAAACAGGACGCGGCCUACGAUGAGAUAUCAACCACUCCAUUCAACCUUGAUGAGCCUAUGGUGUGGCCUCAUCAGAAACUCGAUUUCUUGCAGCCGGAUAAGAUUAAGGACAAGGAGGGCAGGCGUCCAGACCAUCCGGACUACGACAAGAGCACUCUGUAUGUGCCCGAAAAGUUCCUCAAUAACCUGUCGCCAGGCGUGCGGCAGUGGUGGGUUCUGAAGUCAAACUCCUUUGAUUGCGUCUUGUUUUUCAAAGUGGGAAAAUUCUAUGAGCUGUACCAUGGUGAUGCCGACGUUGGUGUCAAUGAGCUGGGAUUUACCUAUAUGCGCGGCGAGUUUGCUCACGCUGGUUUCCCGGAGAUAUCCUUUGACAAAAUGUCCACCAUCCUGGUAGACAGGGGCUACAAGGUGGCUCGCGUGGAGCAAACGGAAACGCCCGACAUGGUAACGGAAAGAUGCAAGCGCGUAAAGGCCACCAAGUUCAACAAGGUGGUGGCCCGUGAGAUCUGUCAGAUCACGAAUCGUGGAACUCAGGUGUUCGGGUCGCAGUGUAAAAUCGGUCCCAAUCAUCAGCCCAACUACAUGUUGGCCCUAGUGGAGCAAGACGAGGGGACUUUCAGCAAGUUUGGCAUUUGCUUUAUAGACACAAGCAUCGGGGACUUUCACUUGGGCGAGUUCGAAGACGAUAAGAAUUGCUCUCGAUUGCUUACGCUGCUCUCGCAUCACAUGCCUGUGCUCCUUCUCAAUGAGAGAUGCGCCCUCAGCUUGCGCACUCAACAGGUCGUACGCACCGUGCUUGGAGGAGUACUGAGGGAGCAGCUGGCUAGCAAUGGAGCUCAUAUCUGCAACGCUGAAAAGACUUUGAAGCUGCUGGCCGAGCGAUACUAUACCGGAAACGGAUCCGAUGACAACUGGCCGUUGGUUCUGCGCACUAUGCAGUCCGAUUUGGAUCACUUGGGUCUUACGCCCUCCGACAACUACAAGCUGGCAUUGAAGGCUCUGGGUCAGUGUAUAUUUUUCAUCGACAAGUGUUUGCUGGAGCCAAAAGUCCUCCCCAUGGCUCGCUACCAGUUGUAUGUGCCGCCCGAUCAGCUGGCAGAGGCGAAGCCAGUAGUGGCCUCCACCUUGAGACGCUCGCACAUGGUUCUCGAUGCAACAACACUGUCAAACUUGAGGAUUAUCGGUGAAGAACACACACUGCAGUCCACCCUGGACCAUUGCUGCACGAAGUUCGGAAAGCGGCUGCUGCACCACUGGCUCUGUGCCCCCAGCUGCGAUGUAGAGGUGAUAAGGGAGCGACAGGCAGCCAUUGGAGAGCUGUUGCGGUUGCCCAGUGAGCUUCAAGAGAUGCGAGCACUGCUGGCUCCCAUGCCGGACUUUGAGCGUAAUUUAGCGCAAAUUCAUCUGUUCGGCAACAAGCAGGUCAAACAGAGGGAUCACCCUGACUCCAGGGCCAUACUCUUCGAGGAGAAAAUUUACAACAAACAGAAGCUAGUGGGCUUUAUGGCAGUUCUCAAGGGAUUCAAUGCAGUCACCAAGUUACCUCUGAUGUUCCACGAAUGUGAAGCUCCACUGCUCCAGAGAAUCACUCAGUUGACUACCUCAGGAGGAGCCUUUCCCGACCUUCGCGAGGAGCUGAGGUACUUUUCCACUGCCUUCGACCAUGAUGCAGCUGCCAAGACGGGAGUUAUCGCACCUCAGCCCGGAAUGGAUGCAGAGUAUGAUGUGGUCAUGGAUCGGAUAGAUGAGAUUGAGAAACGCCUGAAGACAUACCUCGUGGAGCAGGAGCGUCACUUUGGCUGCCGUGUUACAUACUUUGGAUCCGAUAAGAAGCGGUACCAGUUGGAUGUUCCCGAAUCGCAUGCCCACAAGGCCAACAAAUCGUAUGCCCUGGAAGGUCAGGCCAAGGGCAAAAAGCCCUCGCGUCGCUACACCACCGCACAGACCAAGGUCCUGCUCAAGGACAUGCAGCAGGCGGAAGAUGCCAAGAACGUCGUGCUGCAGGACCUGGCCCGUCGGCUCUUCGAGAAGUUCUCCAAUCAUUAUGAGCUGUGGAAGCAGUGCAUCGACUGUGUCGCCAAUCUGGAUGUGUUGGGCUGCCUGGCGGAGUAUGCCAGGCAACAGAUGGUCAUCUGUGUACCAGAGCUGGUCUCUGGAGUUGAUCAGCCGUUCAUCGAACUGGAGGAGGGCUAUCAUCCCUGUGUGAAUGCCUCCACCUACAUUCCCAAUGGCCUGGAAUUGGGUACCAGAACGGAAGCCCCCCUAUCCCUGCUGACUGGACCUAAUAUGGGAGGCAAGAGCACCUUGAUGCGGGAACUGGGACUGCUCGUGAUCAUGUCACAGAUUGGAGCUCACAUACCAGCAGCCCGCUGUCGUCUGUCCUUGGUGGAUAGAAUUUUCACGCGGCUGGGCGCUCAAGAUGAUAUUUUGGCCGGGCAUAGUACCUUCCUAGUCGAGCUGAAUGAGACUUCUCUCAUACUGAAGCAUGCCACAUGCCAUUCCCUGGUGCUGCUCGAUGAGUUGGGCAGGGGUACGGCCACAUACGAUGGCACAGCCAUUGCCGCUUCUGUGGUCAAUUUCCUAGCCAAUCUGAAGUGUCGCACCCUCUUCUCCACCCACUACCACAAUCUAAUCGAUUACUUCCACCACGACCAGAGGAUCACCCUCGGUCACAUGGCCUGCAUGGUGGAAAAUGAGGAUACCACAGAUCCCACUCAGGAAACGGUUACGUUUCUUUACAAGUACACGGCCGGUGCUUGUCCCAAGUCGUACGGCUUCAAUGCGGCCAAAUUGGCUGGCAUGCCCCAGGGUAUUAUAAAGCGGGCCUUUGAGCUCUCUAAGAAAGUGGAGGCCAUUGCCCUGCAACGAAAGAUUACGGCAAAGAUCGUAGCCUCCACGGGAGAGGACUUCAAGCAGCAGAAACUAAAUGCGUUGAUUGAUUUGUUACAGCAGCUGAAAAUGUGUCAUGUCUAAGUAACACUAGGAUCAUACCAGAAAUAUUCUGAACUGCUUCAAUUUGUUUGUACCAAUUUUGUUUAAAAAUGUUAAAAUUUCCCUUUUUUGUAUUUGGCUUCAAUUACUUUUCGAAUAUUUUCCCAACGUCGGUUGGGCCUUUACCCAAAAGGCCAUUGAAGUAUAUGUUGGUUGCUUUUCAAUCUAUAAUUUCAGUAUUUUGUAAUCCAUAAGAAAUGUGAAACGUUUGAAAUUUGUAUGCAGUUGUAUGUAGGUUAAUUAAGAUUAAUGUGUUCCAUUUGAGUGGGAAAUUACAUUAAACUUAUAAUUUGUCCCACCAUCAGUUCUUUAUUAUCUCCGUCCCAUGCUAUUCCUUAUUCCGAAUUGAACCUAUUUUAUUUUUCUUUUAAUUAAAUUAAAAAAAAGUUGACAAUCGUUAUUUUUGGUUUGUUUAUUAGUACUUUUUGUAUCACAGUAAAAAUUAAAAAAUUAAAUAAGUUCACAAUCAAAAUACACAC